AUGAACCUGCACAACCAAGAUCGUGAAAUUCGGGUCGACGUUGUUCCAGGCCAUCGACUCUUCGUCGGCGAGGAAAUUGUCACAUCCUUGGAUGGCGUCGAAGACUCGAAGGGCGUCUCGAAGGAUCCUGGCUCCUUUGUGGUGACCACCCUGCGUCUGCUCUGGACAUCGAACCGAAACUCCCGCCGUAACCUGAGUAUUGGAUACCACACCAUUCGUGCCAUCUCCAUCCAGCGCUCCGAAUCCAAGCUCUACUCCGCACGGGAGAGUCUCUGUCUAUCGUGCCGGCAGCGCGGGAGCGAUGGCAAGUUCGAGUUUCACUUCACGGUCCGUGGCGAAAUGCUCUCGCAAGCCGGCUCCCUGUUUGCGACGGUGGUCGGGAUGCACAGGGCCUAUUCCUCGAGUCGGGUGUAUCGCGAACCCAGGCUCCGCAGCUUCGUAAUCACCAACGGCAGUCUGAACCUCCUUCCUGGCGAGAACAUUUGCGAGAUCGUCGAGGGUGUUUGGAAUCUCUCGAGCGAGAACGGCAACCUCGGGGUGCUGCACAUCACCAACAUCCGAGUGGUCUGGCAUGCCGUCUCGGACGAGACGCUCAACUGUAGCCUCCCGUAUCUUCAGAUGAAACGCAUAGUGACGCAGGCUUCAAAAUACGGGACGGCUCUUGCGAUCCAUUCGGUCUAUGAGCAGCGAACCAUGGUUCUCGGGUUCCGCAUCGAUCCCGCCGAGAAACUCAAGAGAAUCGCCGAUCUGAUUCUGAGACUCUGCGAGAUCUAUCACGAGAUGCCGAUAUUCGGAGUCUGGUUUGAGGUCGAUCCACAGUCCCAGGUCACCGAGCCCUCCGUACGCCAGUUCAAGACCCCGCAGGAAGAUUUGGCCAUUCUCGAGCCAUCGCCGGAGAUGGGCCACUUUGAGGUCGAGGACCCCACCCCUGGGCACGAUGUGUCGCCACCACCGCCAUCAGCGCCGUCGAUCGUUUGGUCACCGGAGCUGGGCCUGGCAAUCGAAAUGCCUGCGCCAGAGCAGCCCUCAGUUUCCCAGCUCUGGAAGAAUGCGUAG